UUUUAAGUUCUCCCCCAAGAUUCAAAAAUCCAAUUAACAACCCACCUUCUUCAGAUUUCUACAACAUUCCUCAAAAAGUAAUUGUUUCUUUCAAAAAUCAAAGCACUGGCAACUAAAAUCAUCAAUCUAAAAUCCAGAUUCAACCCAUUUUCAAGCUCUCAUCAACAAAUCAAAAGGUCAAAAAUGGUGUACAGUUAUACCCCAACAUACUACUCCACCAUCCAUGAUUCCAUCACUUCACUUUGCAAGACAAUCCUCCCUUUCUCCUUCAAGAAAAAGAGACUGCCUGCUGCUGAACUCAGGCUUUCCAAGCUUCAAUCUGAUAAUCUGAAAUGGCAGCAGGAUUCCUUUCACCAGAUACUCAAUCUCAUGGGACUGCAUAAAGAAGGGAUUUUGGGUGAAGCUGAGGUUACUGCUUUUAGAACUCAUUUGCUUGACACGCUCAUUGCUUCUCCACCUGAACUUGAACAGCCUGUUAUCUUGAGAGAUAAACUGCUCUUCUUGCAGGAACUGCUUUAUGCAAAAUGUAUAUCUGAGGAGGAGUACCAUUCUUCAAAAAGGCCUUUGUUGCAGCGGUUAGCAGUACAAGGAGCUGAAAUCGAGACCAGAGAUUUGGUCGUUGCAAAUCCGAAAGAUUCGAAAGAGAAUCAAGAAGAAGAAUGGUCUGUGAUUGACUUGAAGGAUGAUAGAGACAAUGUGUUGCAUUCCAAUAAUAAAUCGAAGAACAACUCUGCCAUGAAUCAGAUCAAAGGAGCAGCCUCGGUUUUUGGGUUCGGAUCAUCCCAGAAGCCAAGUAAAAACAGAUCAGAAAAGAGCAUUUUCGAUGUGGAUUCAAAACCAUCAUCAUCAGCCUUUAUGGAGGGUAAGGAAAGUGAAACAAAAUCGAUUCUAAUGCAAGAAGAAGCAUUCCCGACCGAGUCUGUGAAGGAGAAUGGUAGCGCAAAGAGAAAACCAUUUAAAACCCUGUUUCAUAGAGAGCAAAGAGAGGGGCAUAAUAAUGGCCCUGGUUCAGAGGAGAAAGCAUCAAAAUCAGCAAAGAAACAAUGGGGUUUUGAUGGUUUCAAGAAAUGGAGGAGAAAUGAUUCAGAGGAUGAGACAGCUCCUUUGCCUCUCAACGAAAGAUCAGAUAGUGAAGCAUUCAUGGGGUCAUGCCAACUUGUUGCAACUCCCAUUGGAGAGGGACCAGACACGAAACAGAUUAAGAGGAAGCUGCUUGCAAAUGGAGCUCCAUCGGAUUUCUUCAUCGAUAAGGUAGUAGGAGACAAAAUAAAGAAGGAGCUAUCACGAAUUCAAUCAGAGCUCUCCACCACAAACCCCAAUCUUAAAUUUUCGGAUGAUCAAAUUGAAGCAAUUUCCACAACCCUUCCUGUGGACAAGGCUGACCUCAAAAAGUUCUUUCCCAAGUCGUGGUGUGAUAGAUAUGGAGAGGUAGUUCUAGAUGUGGUGAAGAAAGAAUUCAGGGAGCAUGUAGGAGAGAUGGAAAACAUGAGAAAUGUUACCAGACAGAAGCUUAAAAACAACUCAAGGCGAUGGACUACUUUUGAUGAUGAUAAUGAGAAUUGUCACCCAAAUCUCUUUGAUAAUAAAAACCCAAAUCCUGAAUCAGCUGUCUUCCAAGAUCAUAACCCCUUUUGGAACCAAAGGCGUGGCUCUUCUUCUUUCCUGGGUUAAAGGUGAAAAACCAACCAUGCAACUGCUAUUAUUUGUGUUGUUAAUUUCUCAAGUUAUAUAUUAUGUAUUUAAGAUUGUACCAGUGCAUGAACUGUUAAAGAAGAACUCUGUUCUUCUAAGUAAUCAUAGUGCCGCUUCAUCUUCAUUUAAAUGCCAAGGUUGAUGCCAUCCUUUCAAACUCA